CCCCGCCCCCCGCCGGCCUUCAUUCACGGCGCGAUGGCCCUGGAGCGGCUCCCGCUGCGCGGGGCGUUGGGGCAGGCACCGUCCCUCGGCGGUCUCGGAGCGCUGCGCGCGGCGCCCUAAGCAGCACCGUCCCUUCGCGAGAGAAAACCAACUUUUUGGAUGUCCUGUGGAGAUACACAUCUUUGGCAUGGAUUAUACGUUCACUUUUUUCUUUUUCUACAACCUGAGGCAACAACGUGUGCUACAUCUGAUAAAAGAAUUAAUUGUGGGAAAAGUCAAAUGGUUAUGUCACAUUAAGAAACUGAUUUAAGAAUGUUUAUAUUUCAUGCCAAUAAUCCACAGCUGGAAAAGAUUAGAAGCCCAGUAGUUAAAUGAAUUACUCUCCUCCUGCCCUCAAUUCACAAAGAACAAGUAACCAACAUAUGUUUUAUUGUGUGUUUCCUCAUUAUUUAGCAUUGAAUCUUUUAUUACACUGAAAUCAUGGUGUGAUGAUUGGUAGACUCUCUCCCUAACAAAUACCCAACAGCUAAAGACUGUGUGUCAAGAUGACCUCUGAGGAAAUGACAGCUUCUGUUCUUGUGUCUGUGGUACAGGGUAAAGUGAUACCUGCUCAGUCAGCGGGAGAUGAAAAUAGCGAAAAUGCUUUGAACACCAGUGUUAUAAAAAGACAUAGUGCCAGUCCAGGAAGACAAACCGCGCACACGCUUUCGUACUUACGCAGACUUGAAGAAGAAAGUCUUCAGGGCUCUCUGCCCAAAAUAUUCUCUCUGGCAAAUGAAGCAAUGACUGAUGACAAUAGUAAUGAAAACUUCUGGGAGAGGAACAGCUCCAUCCCUGAUUCAAUGGAAUUUCUUAAUAUUAACUGUAACAUUGUACAGAAAAACUAUAACAGCAGUAUUCCAUGCAGCCAGUUAUAUAAACCAUGUGAUUCUUUAGUAGGGGGAGAUGCACGCCUGGAAACUGGAAUUCCUGUUUCACUGGAAAGAGCCAUGCUUGCUGAAAUUCAGCUGAAAAUGGAUGGACCUUCCUUAAGAAGCCAGUCAGCAGUAAAUAAGAGUGAAACUAAUGAUACUGAUAAGGUAGCCUUUUUUCACUUUCAUUGUGCUAGUGAAAGAAAUAUAUCAAAGGCUUUAUGCAAUUUACACAACAGCUUCAUUUUGGAUAACUGCUUGCAGCCAGUAAGUACGGACGAUGAUCACAUCACUGGUUCUACAGCCUGCACUUGCAGAUUAAUGGAGUUGACAAAUAAUUGUGAGAAUGGAAAUGGGCAACAGUUGUAUGAUGGUUGUGACACUUUAAGGGAUAAGUAUUUAUGCCUGGAAAGAGCAGCAAGAAAGGUUAAAGUGGCAUGCUCAGGUCACAACUUCUGUGGAAAUAACUUUACUGGAAGAAUGCCCUCCAAGCCCUUUCUGAGCCAUUUUGAAGACUGCAGUGAUAACUGUGAAGAAGAGAUGGAGGAGGAUUUUUUUAGAAACAAAAAGGAACGUUCCACUUUAUUAAUAAGGCGUUUUUGUAAAAAUGAUAAGGAGGUUAAAAAAUCAGUUUAUACUGGAACGAGAGCAAUUGUUAGGACUUUACCUUCAGGGCACAUAGGAACCGUGUCUUGGAAUUAUGUUGAAAAAAGGAGAAACAGCAGUGGCUUGAAGCAUUGUAGAAUUACAACAGAACAGCUAACUAUAAUUCAGUCCUUAAUAAAAUGGGAAUUUAACUCCUUUCUUCAGAAGUCUUUAUGGUAUGAGAUCUUCAGUACAGUGAGAGAAGAAGAAGGAGCAGAAGAUAUUUUUGAAUAUUUUCCUCAUCUUCUGAGAAAGCUCCCAACUUUAGAUGCAGACUGUAUAGGCAAAGGCGUUGGUUUUUGUUUAAAACCAUGUGUAACAGGUGCUUACUGUCAAUAUCGUGCCACUGUACAGAGGACUGCACUCUCUAACUAUGUAACUGGUGCUUUACUAGAAGCAACGACAUCAUUAGGAGCAAGAAGUGGUCUUCUAAGUAUCUUUGGAGGAUCAACUGGAAGAACAAUGCUUAAAGAACGUCAAGCGUGUACAUCUAUGGCUGGUUCCAGCGUCCUUCCCUCCAACGUGGCUGGUAUCAGUAAAGAGCUGAUCGAACUACAACACCUCAUUCAGUUCCCAGAGGAGGUUGCCAGCAUACUGACCGAGCAGGAGCAGGAGCUCUACCGGAAAGUCCUACCCAUUGACUACCUCUGCUUUUUAACCAGGGACUUGGGUAAUGCUGAAUGUCAAAGCAAACUUCCGAGCAUUAAAGCUUCCAUAUCUGCUACUAUUCUUUCUUCUCAAAAUGAUGAGCAUAAUGCCGUAGAAGAUCUCGUGACAAGAUUUAAUGAGGUGAGCUCAUGGGUUACCUGGCUGAUCCUGACUGCAGGUUCUAUGGAGGAGAAACGAGAAGUCUUCUCAUAUUUAGUACAUGUGGCAAAAUGCUGCUGGAAUAUGGGCAACUACAAUGCUGUAAUGGAAUUUUUGGCAGGGCUAAGGUCAAGAAAAGUUUUAAAAAUGUGGCAAUUCAUGGACCAGUCUGAUAUCGAAUCUAUGAGAAGUCUGAAAGAUGCUAUGGCACAACAUGAGUCAUCAUCUGAAUACAGGAAAGUGGUCAAUCGGGCACUCAAUAUUCCAGGCUGUAAAGUAGUUCCUUUCUGUGGUGUAUUUUUAAAAGAGCUUUGUGAAGUCCUGGAUGGAGCAUCAAGCCUCAUCAGACUCUGUCCACGAUAUAACUCCCAGGACGAAACACUAGAGUUUGUUUCAGAUUACAGUGGACAAGACAAUUUCUUACAAAGAGUGGGCCAGGAUGGUUUAAAUAAUCCAGAAAAAGAAUCAACAGCAAACAACAUAUUUCAAACUAUUCGGAGCUGUAAUCGCAGUUUGGAAUCUGAAGAGGGUGAAGAUAAUUUCAGUGAAGGGAGCGAUUCAAGAAAUAACUCUUUGAAGGACAGAAACCGGUACCAGUUUAUAAUUGGAGAUCUUUCAGAUUCUGAAAGUGAUAUAUUUGAGCAGUUGAAGGAGUGGGACACAAAUUCAACCGAAGAGCAACAGAAAGCUUUCUGUCAUGGAAUAGAACUCAUUCCCUGGUAUGUGUUAUCAAUCAGAGCUGAUGUCCAUCAGUUCAUGCUGCAAGGGGCAACUGUCAUUCAUUAUGACCAGGACACACAUCUCUCAGCACGUUGUUUUCUUCAGCUUCAGCCUGACAAUAGUACUUUGACUUGGACAAAACCCACAACAGUUUGCCCUGCAAAUACUAAAGCAAAAUUGAGUGUGGCAAGUAAUGCUCCUGAGCUUGGUAAAUACCAGUUUCUUGGCAAUACUGGACUAAAUGGAUUGGUGGAAGGUUUUUUGGAUUUGUUUUCAGCAAAGGCUGUAUAUAUGGGACACCCUGGCAUUGAUAUGCACACUGUGUGUGUUCAAAAUAAACUGUGUAAUAUGUCUCUUGAAGAAAAUGGUAUAACACUACUUUAUGGACUUCAGACUACUGAUAAUAAGUUGCUGCACUUUGUUGCUCCAAAAUAUACUGCCAGAAUGCUAUACGAUGGAUUGCUGGAAUUGUCUAAAGCUGUAAGAAAAAUGAGGUGCUUCCCUGAUCAAAGGCUACAGUGGCUACGGAAACAGUAUGUCAGCCUUUACCAGGAGGAUGGAAGGUUUGAAGGCCCAACCUUGGCUCAGGCUGUUGAACUGUUUGGAGGCAGACGAUGGAGUGCAAGAAAUACAAGCACAGGAACCCUUACCAAAAACACUGAGAAACCUAGUAUACAGAGAAACAACACUCUGGGAAUAAACACAGCCAAGAAAAAGAAGAAAGUACUCAUGAGGGGUGAAAGUGGAGAGGCCACUGAUGAUGAAAUGGCAACUCGGAAGGCAAAAAGCUGUAAGGAAUAUCGUAAUAGAAGUGGUUCAGAUCCCCAAGAUAUUGAUGAACAAGAAGAAUCAGAUCAGAGUAUUAUUAUUAAUGCUUCUCCAUCUAACACCGUGUCAUCAAGAAGAGCUCACUCUCUGACAGCAUCUGGAUCUCCUAAUUCAGCAGCUGCAACAUCUUCACCAGCAAGACCAGUCUCCUCUCCAGUAAUGUGUUCAAGCAAGAGUCAAUCUAGCACAUGGAGCAGCAGUAGCUGGCAUGGUCGAGUUAAAGGGGGAAUGAAGGGCUUUCAGAACUUCAUGGUUUCUGAUAGUAAUAUGACUUUUGUGGAAUUCGUGGAGCUCUUCAAAUCUUUCAGUGUUCGGAGCCGGAAGGAUCUUAAAGACCUUUUUGAUGUCUAUGCAGUGCCAUGCAAUCGAUCCGGUCUAGAGCCUACUCCACUUUAUACUAAUUUGAAGAUAGAUGAAAAUAGCAGCGGAUUCCAGCCUGAUUUAGAUUUGUUGACUAGGAAUGUUUCAGACCUUGGUUUGUUCAUAAAGAGUAGGCAGCAGCUGUCAGAUAACCAGAGGCAAAUAUCUGAUGCUAUUGCUGCUGCCAGUAUUGUAACUAAUGGUACUGGAGUUGAAAGCACAUCGCUGGGAGUAUUUGGAGUGGGCAUCCAGCAGCUAAACGACUUCUUAGUGAACUGCCAAGGAGAACACUGCACUUAUGAUGAAAUCCUCAGUAUUAUCCAGAAAUUUGAACCCAGUGUGAAUAUGUGUCAGCAAGGGCUACUGUCUUUUGAAGGAUUUGCAAGAUUUUUGAUGGAUAAAGACAACUUUGCCUCCAAAAACGAUGAGUCACAAGAGAAUGCUGAGGAAUUGCAGUUUCCACUGUCAUAUUAUUACAUUGAAUCUUCACACAAUACUUACCUUACUGGCCAUCAGCUUAAAGGGGAAUCCUCGGUAGAGCUCUACAGCCAGGUUCUCUUACAAGGCUGUAGAAGUGUAGAAUUAGACUGCUGGGAUGGCGAUGAUGGGAUGCCCAUCAUUUAUCAUGGGCACACUCUUACUACUAAGAUCUCUUUUAAGGAGGUAGUCGAAGCCAUUGAUCGCAAUGCCUUUAUCACCUCUGACAUGCCAAUUAUCAUAUCCAUAGAAAACCACUGUUCUUUGCCUCAGCAACGCAAGAUGGCUGACAUUUUCAAGGGUGUAUUUGGAGAUAAGCUGGUAACAAAGUUUUUAUUUGAGAGUGACUUUUCUGAUGAUCCCAUGCUUCCUUCACCUGGCCAAUUGAGAAGAAAAAUCCUGCUUAAAAACAAGAAGCUCAAAGCCCAUCAAACACCAGUGGAUAUAUUGAAACAAAAGGCUCAUCAGCUGGCGCAUAUGCAAGCACAGGCUAGCAAUGGUGGUGGCACUAGCAACCCCACAUCUACCAAUGAAGAGGAAGAAGAAGAAGAGGAUGAAUAUGACUACGACUAUGAAUCUCUCUCUGAUGAUAACAUUCUUGAAGACCGACCUGAGAGUAAAUUAUCAAGUGAUAAGCUGCAGUUUGAAUAUAAUGAAGAGACUGCCAAAAGAAUAAAGAAAGCUGAUUGUGCUACUUACAGUAAUAAAGGAAAGGUUUAUGAUAUGGAACUGGGUGAAGAAUUUUAUCUUCCACAGAAUAAGAAGGAAAGCAGACAGAUAGCCCCAGAGCUAUCAGAUCUGGUCAUUUACUGUCAAGCUGUAAAGUUUCCAGGCUUGUCAACUCUAAACCCAUCUGGCUCUAGCAGAGGAAAAGAAAGGAAAAGCAGGAAGUCCAUUUUUGGCAACAAUCCUGGCAGACUAAGCCCUGGGGAGUCAGCAACUCUUGCCAAAGCAUCUGGAAAAGGCCCUUUUGAUGUCAUGCGGCAGACCUGGGAAGAUCCGUGUUCUUUUAAUUCGCCAGCUUCUCUCAGCGCCAUCAUAAGGACACCUAAAUGCUACCACAUCUCCUCGCUGAACGAGAACGCUGCCAAGCGGCUGUGCAGGCGGUAUUCUCAGAAGCUGAUCCAGCACACCACCUGCCAGCUGCUGCGGACGUACCCCGCUGCCACACGCAUCGACUCUUCAAAUCCCAAUCCCCUUAUCUUCUGGCUCCAUGGCGUACAGCUCGUGGCUCUUAACUACCAAACAGAUGAUCUUCCUCUGCAACUUAAUGCAGCAAUGUUUGAAGCUAAUGGUGGCUGCGGAUAUGUUUUGAAACCUCCUGUUCUGUGGGAUAAAAGUUGUUCAAUGUACCAGCAAUUUUGUCCAUUAGAAAGAGAUCUUGAUAAUAAGGAACCAGCUAUAUAUUCUUUAACAAUUGUGUCUGGCCAGAAUGUUUGUCCCAGCAAUAGCACGGGAAGUCCCUGCAUUGAAAUCGAUGUCCUCGGGAUGUCUCUGGACAGCUGCCACUUCCGGACUAAACCCAUUCAUCGCAACACUCUCAACCCUAUGUGGAAUGAGCAGUUUCUUUUCCGGGUUCACUUUGAAGAUUUGGUCUUUCUUCGAUUUGCAGUUGUUGAAAAUAACAGCUCAGCUGUAACAGCCCAAAGAAUCAUUCCACUAAAGGCUCUAAAAAGAGGCUACAGACAUGUCCAGCUACAUAACCUGCACAAUGAAGCGUUAGAAAUUUCAAGUUUGUUCAUAAACAGUCGGAGAAUGGAAGAAAGUCCAUCUGGAAACACUCUGCCUGCAUCUAUGUUGUUCAGCACAGCCGAAAGGAGAGCUGCCGUGGCGUACAAAGUAACCAUUCAUGGGAUUCCAGGCCCUGAGCCUUUUACUGUUUUUAAUAUAAGCGGGGGGACCACAGCUGCACAGCUUCUUCAUCAGCUCUUGGCUACCACAAAAGGCACUGAGUCAUGUGCCACAGACUAUUUUCUGAUGGAAGAGAAAAGUUUCAUAUCUAAAGAAAAGAACGAAUGCAGAAAACCACCAUUCCAGAGAGUAAUUGGUCCUGAAGAAGGGCUAGUGCAGCUCUUGAACAGCUGGUUCCCAGAAGAAGGAUAUGUUGGAAGGAUUAUCUUUAAAACCCGAGAGGAAAAUUUAAAUGAGAGAAACAUCUUUCAAGAAACAAAGGAAGAUGCAACCAUCAGCUCUGAGGAUGACAGUUUCUUUGUUCAGGUACAUGAUGUCUCCCCAGAGCAACCACGCACUGUCAUCAAAGCUCCCCGCUUUAGCACAGCUCAGGACGUCAUACAGCAGACUCUUUGCAAAGCCAAGUACUCUUACAGCAUUUUGAGCAAUCCCAAUCCGAGUGAUUAUGUCCUGUUGGAAGAGGUGACAAAAGAGCCAGCAAACAAAAAGUCCUCAACGUCUAAGCCAUCUCAGAGGAUUCUCUCUGAUCAAGAGUGUGUGUUUCAGGCCCAAAGCAAGUGGAAAGAAGCAGGAAAAUUUAUCCUUAAGCUCAAAGAACAAGUUCAGGCAGCUCGAGAUGACAAAAGAAAAGGCAUUUCCUUUGCCAGUGAACUCAAGAAGUUAACCAAGUCAAGUAACAAGUAUCGGGGAUUUGUAUCACCACCUCUGCAGGUCUUGCCAGACAGUCCGCAGAGUAAGGAUGAAAGGUCUGCAUGCAGUUUGACUUUUAGUGACAUUAUGGAGUAAUACCCACCACUGCCUACAGCACAGUCUGGUCAGGUUACUAUGAAGACCCUAAAUCGUCAAAAAACCUGAAUUCAAGGAAAGCAAAGUCAAUAAUGGAAAGAUCCCAAGAACAUUCCCUCUUCUUCUUUGUUCUUUCAUUUUGUUGAGAACUGGAAUUUACGUCACUGAAGCUUCUACAGUGUCCUUGGAGAAACCUGCUGUGGUCUGAACUGGUCAGUAAUUGUGCGGCCUGUGCUACAAAUGCUUAAUCCAGACAGUGCUUCUGGAUUAACGCACUCACUCUGGGAAUGCUAAGUGGGAUGGUGUCGAUUGGAAAGAUGCCUGUCACCUAUCGGAGGAUUCCUUUCUUUCCAUUUAUUUUCACAUCUGCAGAUUCUCAGUAGGCAGAUGAAGCAGUUUUCUUGGACUGUAUGUUGUAAACAAGCAUGUCCCCCUACCCCACCUUUUUGUUUUAAACAAAAGAUAAUUUUAACUAGUUGCCUCAAGGGAAACCAAAGGCAGGGAACUAGAACCAGAGUGUUAUGUGUAUUAUAUUAAAAUAAUGCACUUUUACCUAAAGAUUCCUGUUAAACACUGUGUUAAGUGAUUGUAAAGAGAUUUAAAUAUAUUGUAACUUCCUUGGCAUAUCAGUUUAACUUUGGUGAAUAUACACAAAAUGCUCAAAUUAUUUAUGGUUUAUCUACUUUAACAAAAUAAUGUACAAUAAUAGCUAAAUACACCCAACUGGUAGUGAUCCUUUGACAAGGAACAAUAUUUUCUUCUUAUAAAUUCUAGUUUUCCAGACUUAUGUUUAAAGAAAGAAUGAAUAUUUAUUAUCAUGUUCCAAAGUAUGUGCCAUUGUAUAAUAUAUUUAUCAUAUACUACUUUUUAGAAACUGCAGAAUUUUCACCUCUCUCUGGAUUUAGAGGAAAAAAUAUUUAAACUUUCCAGGUUGUUUCUUUUCAGCUAAAAAAAGUUAAUACCUGAAACUGACCAAACUUAAACAGUGUACUGAAAAAUGUAAUUAACAUUUCAAAAUUUCAAACUGAAAAUACAUUUUUCCAUAAAUCAGAAAAUGUCUAUAGCUGUUUUUUUACUUGCCUCUUAAACCCAGAGAGUAUAAGGAACUCUUACACUCUUAACUCUUGACAUUUUUGUUUACAUAGAAACACUGUUGUAAAGUUUUAUACCUGUUUGCGGAAUUUGUCUUUUGAAGCUUAAAUUAGUUAUGGCUGUCUUUUUUCCCCUCUAUGGGAGUUAUUGUUUUGCUUAGUUACUUAAAACAACCCACACCAAUUUACAGGGGCACAAAUGAAACAAUUGCUGAAGUCACCCAUCCCUCCGGUUUCCCACAUGAACUGUGUGUGUGGUGAAAUCAUUGCUCAGCGCCUGUUUGUCUCCCGGUAGCGCACCCUGAACAUAGUGUUUCAGUCACCUGGUGCAAGUAAAUCAAGUAGUCCGUAAAUAGGGGGAGUGGUUCAUGCAAUCAGCGAUUCCGCAUCAGCACCAGCUCUCGAGCACAAACAGCUGCUGCUUCUAGGAGAGAGGCUCUGUCAGGCAAAGGUUAAAACAGCAAUGUAACUACAAUGUUUACUUUUGCUAGUCAGUACAAGGAGGACAGGGAAAGAAGUUACAGGCAGUAGUCCUGAGACAACCAAAUAAAUAGAGAAACAGCAAAUUAAAAAAAAAAAAGAAAGCAAAGUCAUUAAUUGAUUUAUAAACAAGCAGGCAGAGCCUGCCUUGUGUCACGAGAAGCUAUGAAGUCUUUAAGUAUAUGCUAGGGAAAAUUCCUACAAAGUAAUCAUUACCAAAGCAAAAAGUGCCCCCUUGAGGUCAUUUCCAGCUUCCAGGAAAAAUAACCACAGCCUCUUAAAAAAAAAAAAAAAAAAUCAAAUCUCCUUGUGGCAUAUCCUGGAAGCCACGUACUACCCACUACUAAUCUUCAGUACUGAUGCGACAAAACAGCAUUUUGCAAUUCAGCAGUCAGUCUCCCACUCAAAAAAUCCCCAGCCACCUUCCAGCUCAGCCUCUUCAUUCAUAACACCGUUCUGCAUUCUGAGGAAAAGGCAGUGUGUAAGAAGUUAGACACACAAAUUUUUCCUUCUCUGAAAUUACUAGUUUAGAUUUCCAUUGCAAAUGCUUAUGGCUAACAUCUUCAAAAGUAACUCAUCCAAGAUUCUGUACAGUGCUGAAUUUAUAUGGCUUUAGGUACAUUAUUUGUUUGGCUACUAUGUAAAAAGCCUGCGUGGCACCAGUCUUUAUUCUUAGAAACCCAGAAAUGAAAACAAAAUUAAUCUAGCUGAAGCUAAACGAGUGACUCUUAGAAUGUUACCUAAUAGCUUCAAAAUCUGUUGUUACCUCUGUGUGAGUAUUUACUGGCCAAGUGAACAGAAGUAAGCUGUCUGUACAUGGCCUAGCUCAUCUUGACAAAUUUUAACUGCAUCUUAUCUGCAGCCUCUCUAAAAAGGAGCUAUGUGCCCUUCCCUCCCAUGGCACAUGCAUAAUGCAAGACUGAUACCGAAUAAAAUGUUGAAAGCGACAAAUUAUGCAUAGCUUUAUAUGCACAGUUUGCUUUGGGAAAUAUUUACAUUGACCUACCACACAAUUCAACUAAUGCGAUUUUUUUUUUCAUGCUAUAAAGAAUUUUUCCUUUCAGUGUUUUUAAGGACAUUCUAGAAAUAGCAUUUACUUUCCUGUACAGUUUGCCUGUACCUAUUUAGCAACUUUUCUAAUAUUCAGCAGCACUGAAAGUAAAAUUCUUAACAUCACCUUUAGUGUCCUAGAAGUCUGGGAGACACUUGCUAAUUGAUUAGGGAGCCAACAGAGCAAGUUUUCGUACACAUCUCAUCAUCAACUAAUGGUUUUCUGUCACACUGUGUAAAUAAAAAAAACAAAAAAACAAACACCCUUGGGAAAAUACGGGACAGCUGUAGCCAUGCUACAUUGUGUAAAGCAGCUCUAAUACUAGCCUGAAGUCUGGCAGCAAUUUAAAAAACAAUAGUUAGCAGAAAUAGUACAAAUGCAAUAAUUUUCUAGUUGUGGGAACAGUUUAUUAAUAGAGGUACCUGCCUCAUCAGUGAAGGUCUAAGCUGCUUUUGUUGCUGUUUAUCACAGUGAAAGGAAACUAUCUAGCUUUAUAGGCAUUUAGAUGUUUGUAAGGCUAAUUAUACUGUUCAAGUAUUUUCAUUAAUGUACAUGUAUCAGUUAAUCAGUUUUACAAAGCUUCUAGGUAUUGGUAAACAUCAGAGUAAAUUCUUUUUUGUUGGUGGAAUGUGGUUCAUUUUUGGUGAAGUUAGUUAGAAAGGAUUACUGUAUCCUUCCAUUUGCAUUGGUUCCAAAUAUCCUAAAAAUGAAAAUAUAACACUACUUAAAGCAUUAAACAGAGGGUUUUGUUAACUUUUAUGAAAGCCCAGUUAAAUAGAUUUCAUAUGCUGAGUUGAGUUAUUAUUCUAAUAGGAAAGUUUAUCCUGCUUCUCCACAGAUUUUCUUUCUGCAGGAAAUCUGUCCACAGAUUCCUACGACAAGACUGACAAAAUAACUUUUGUCCCUUUCCGUGCUUUUGGCUGAGCAUGGACAAAUACAUUCAUUUUUCACACUACAAACUAUUUACAGGAAGCAGCUUCCAGGAUAAAGUUUGAAAGAAAGGAAUGUAAAUAAUCAACACCUUCCAGAAAUGUGCAGCCUCUGAGUGGUAGCAGGCCUCACUCUGAACAGUUUACAUGUGGAAAUCUUGCACCCAGUUGCCUAUGGGCCAUAGAGAAGUAUUUUAUUCUGUGCUAUUUUCAAACCACUGUUACUUUUCUACCAAUAUGUGUUGUGUUUCUCUGCAUAGCAUGUGCUGCUUGCAGUGCUGUGACUGUACGGGACAAAACUCGGGCAGCUGUGGAUCCUGGCCCCUUUGCAGCACUAUUCAGUUUUCAGGAAUUGGCGGAUGCCAGGAGGUGAUCAGUAGAGUCCGAAGGGUUAUCUGUUUGGUUUCUUUAACUGUUAAAUUUGGGCUCAGUAUGAUACAAAAAUACUGUCUCAUUUUUUAUUUUUAAAAUGUAGUCACUUUUUUUUUUAUUACUAUGAAUAUUACUAGAUGAAGUAUCUCAAUAGCCAUCUUUUGAAAGCAGUCUGCCUCUAGAGAUCACGUUUUAAAGAAAUAAAGACUUUAACGUGGCUGUAUCUAAGUAUCUUAAAAACACAUCCUUUUAUAUUCAUAGUUUGCCUUUAAAAAAGAAGAACUUGCUGGCAGAUUUACAUUUCAGUAAAAGAUUGAGUCUGCAGCUUCUGAAACGGAACUGUUCAUUCUGCUCUAGCUCUCAAAACGCUACUAAGCUUCAGCUAACAUUGUUUCUUUGUCACCUGCUGUUACUAGUCCACUAUAAAAUUCAGUUUACUUUUAGGGUAGCCCACUAAAUGUAACAAUGGUGGAGUUUUUUUUCUGACUGUGAUAAAUAUUUUGUAACUGCAAUAGUGCUAGAUGUUUGCCAGAAUUAGCAAAAUAAACACAAAAAUAAAUAGCAGUAAAUAGAUUUCUCUCCCAUACAAAUACAGGAUAUUUCAGAAUGACUUACUAGUUGUUCAGUCAUCUUCCUCUGCCUCUUAAAGCAUGUCAAAGUAUUCUGACAAUGCAACAUCACUAUGUGCCAGUCUUCACAUUGUUUUGAAAUUACGUAAAAUGUACAAUUUUAAAAAUGUCUUUCCACCUGGAAUAUUUUCUCUCUGCUGACUUGAAGAAUAAACUUGUAUUUGUAUAUGUUGUAAAAAAAUAAAUGGUUUAAGAUGUGGA